UAAGACAACUGGAUGCGUGUUGCUCUUCCCUGUUUGCCAGUCUUGUUCCAGAGGUGUGACAGCGCUUUACAGUGGUUAACUGGGAUGAAUGCUGAAACGUGAGAGAAGAUGUUAUAAUAUCAUCGUCCUGGCGGCUGGCGCGAUGCAGGGACCCCGUGCGCGUUUUGCAAGAAGGGGAGGAUGUGAUCUGCAAGAUGUGACUGAGGAGAGCCGCAGAUGAAUAUUAAUUGGCAUCGCAGGGCUCAGCAGUAAAUUGAAAAGUCGCACAGUGGCUCCCCCUGCAGGCCAUUGGGAUACUGUAGCAUUGUAGACCCCAACAUUGAAUGACAUGCCUCACGUGACUCAAACUACAAGGAGCUGAGGGUUAAUUGGGAGCUAAAGACUUCACAAGACUUCCUAAAAUCCAUUCUAUGGAGGUCAAAGGUCGCCUGAUCACUGCCAUGGGCUUAGGGGCUCCAGAUGUCCAGGGCUGUCAGGACAGCAAGCUGCAAGCAGAGCGAAUCUCAGAGCUGCAGGAGCGAAAGCAGAGUCUGCAGAGCCUUUUGAACAGUCGUCUCGGAGAGCUGCGACAAGUGUGUCUUGUGGAGGCGGAGCUCACAGGGAAGCUUCCACGCGAUUUUCCUUUAGAAGAAGGAGAAAGACCUCCCUUUGUUCAGCGCCGAGCUGGCCUGACCCCUCAUCUUACCUCAAAAGGAGAGGAUGACCCAGUUCAGCAACGGCAGAUGAAGGCUCUCUUCAGUGGUGCCCUGCGCCGGAGCAUCGAUUCUGAUAAAAAUGCAUUGCACAGUAAGAGGACUGUUCAUCGGGGAUGCCACACAGAGGAAACUGUGAAGUCAGAGAGCAGUUCAAUGUCAGACUCAACAUCACAUGACAAUGAGGAUUCGUCUCCCAGUGUGGCACCUGAGCAUCGCUCCUUGUCUCACCCCCGGCUGGCCCAAGGCAGUCCUGACAGUAGGCUCUGUAGGAAGCUGUCGCCUGUAGAGAUCUACUACGAGAUGAGGACUCGCCGCAACUCAGCCUCAAGCUCUGUGAGCCCAAGUCACUCGCUGCCAAGAAGUGCAUCCAAUGUGGAGGGCAGAAGUGUUCCAGCCACGCCGCUGUUGUCCCGCACUGCACCAAUCAGCGUUCAUAUGAGGCCGGAGAUGCCUGGUGGUAUUGCACUGAAGCAGUGGUGCGGCAGUCCAGAUGUUCCUCAGUUUGUCCCUUUGGCAUCUUUGGAGGGCUCCUCUUCUGAGCGCCGCAGCUGCCCCUACAGUUCCCGUGCCCGUCGUAGCAACAGCUCUGAUGCGCUACUCGACCGCUCGAGUCUCCCUGAGCCCGGUCCUCCUCUCAAUGGCAUGCCACACCGAGCCGGACCAUACAAUAGCUCGGAGUCCCUCACAGAUGGGAAGCUCCGUCAGUUCUAUCAAGGCAGCCCAGAGAGACAGAUGAUGGGAUUUAAAGACCAGGGUCGAAUGCGCUCCUCUCUCGGCGGCCAAAGUAGUGGCACAGGUUACAAUGAGAUUUUGAUGGACUACAUUUGGGGCAAACAGCAAAAGAGGCCUGCCCAGACUCAACAGAACCAGUCAGCAGGACGCAUCUGGCCGGACUUCUCCACUCCUCCAUCGGGCACCCCUCCACACUACAAUGGUUUCUCCCAUUCGCAGUUACAUCUGGCUGCCGCCCCACCUUCCUAUAACCCCAUGCUGCUGCAGGGUCAAGAGGCCGAACCCCGUCGGGUCAAAGUGACACGAACGAAAUCCUGUGGACCCUUCAUCCCUUUACAGCAGCACCCACAGGAUGCGGUGUUGUUCUCAGCGUACGAUCUGUCACAUCCCUCUGCUGGAUCCACCACUUCUUCUAUUCCCAACCUGCUCCCUCACCACACAGAGCUGUCCACUGCUGCAGCGUUCGGCCGCAGAGCGCCUCAGUUCUCUCUGCCCACUCCUGAGGACUCCACCCGCAGUCUGCACAAGGCACUGGCUCUGGAGGGACUCCGGGACUGGUAUCUGAGGAAUGCCUUAGGUUAUUCCACUACGGCCAAAGGUCACGACGGACUCGCCAUGCGCCACUCACAUACUCACCAUCUCGUGCACCAGCCUCAGUCCGUUACAGCCGACCCACUGUACUCUGUGCACCGUCAAAUACCUCAGUCAGCUUCAUUUCAUGGGCAUUCCUUGCAUGCCAGGUCCGUGGAGCUCUCUCUCUACCCAGAGCCUUUCCCCUUAGAGGGGAGCACUCAAAAAGGGUCCGGCUCUGAGCCCCCUUCACCUGGAACACUGGUCUGACCGGCAGCCAACACACCCCACGGCCUCCAAUGCAACAUGUUGCAAUAUUUGAUGCAAAAUUACACCUUGUCCUAGGGAUGCAUUUGUUCAAUUGCUCAAAAAAAAAAAUACCUGAAAGAAUGCAUCUUUUGUAGCAUACAUGCUGCCACACACAAACAAUGACAGCAGGACAAAAUAGUAUUUUAUUGGAGAAAUAUAUAAUUUUACUAAACUUUAAAAUUUUAGCAUUAUUUAAAUCUACAAUUAUCAUUCUGCAUAUUGUUGCAUCCCUACAUUGUUCAGCAAAUAAGGAGGCAUCUGUAACAGCACAGAACUGAAAUCGAGUGAUCAGUGUGUUGGCUGUCAUGGAUCUAGUGCUGCGUUGGAUUGUAAACUGAUGUUUACAAGUAACUUUUUUUCCUCCUCCAUAAUCUCUGUGUAUGUAUUAUUGGGAUGUUAUUGUAAUGUAUUUAAAUUUUCCAAACAAAAUAUAAAGGUAAUCAUAUCAUCUCCACUUCAUCUUGAGAUAUAUAUAUUUUUUCUGAGAAUAAAAUAAUUAUAAAAUGUAUGUAUUCUAAAUUACUAUUUUGUAACUAAUGUUUCAGGUUAACAGUCAUUUAAUUAUAUACAGUUCUACUCAGAGUUUAAUGAACUCAUGUUUUAAUGUCCUAUAACAGCAGUGAAUGUGUUGCAUACCUUUUUGUUUAUAUCUAAAUAUCUAUAUGUAGCUAUGAAGAGUAUGCUAAAAAGCAUUUCAUAGAGAGGCCCUUGAAGCGAAGAUGAGCUUUCACUUGGAGGGCUUAUGUUCUCUGAAGUCUUAGACAUUCAAACAAGCUUAUGCCAGAACCCCGAAAUGAACUUUGAUGCUCUAAUACAGCGAUUUAUACAAUUUAGCCCACAGUCAUCAAAUCCACAAUUUCAAAGGACUUGAAAAGGACUGCUGACCUAAAAUAUUGAGAUCUUUAAUUCUGAAAUGGUAGUCUUGAGGCCUGUU